AUGGUGGCGGAGGAGAGGGAGGAGGAGGAGCUGGCGGAGGUGGUGGCGGAGGAGGGGGAGGAGGAGGAGGAGCUGGCGGAGGUGGUGGCGGAGGAGGUGGAGGAGGAGGAGGAGGUGGUGGUGGUGGUGGAGGUGGAGGUGGUGGAGGUGGUGGAGGAGGUGGAGGUGGUGGUGGUGGAGGAGGAGGAGGACUUGAAGAGCAGGGCAGGGGAAGGGGCGCGGGGAGAAGGAGUGGAAGGAGGAGCCGGGGCAGGGACAGUAGGAGGGGAAGGAGGGACACGGGUAGGGAUUGGAUCGGGGGAGCGAGGAGGAGUAGGAGGAGGAGGUGGCGGAGGUGGUGGCGGAGGUGGUGGCGGAGGAGGGGGAGGAGGAGGUGGUGGCGGAGGUGGUGGUGGAGGAGGGGGAGGAGAGGAGGAGGCGGCGGAGGUGGUGGCGGAGGAGGGGGAGGAGGAGGUGGAGGUGGUGGCGGAGGAGAAGGAUGAGAAGAUCCGCCGCCCAUCGUUAUAG